GAGACGUCUCUGUCUGAAGACUCGCCGACUUUGCGGGGAAACGCCUUUUCCUUUUCUGCGUAUUCCCGGUGUCUGUCCACGCCAUUUUUUGCGCAUGCCUUCCCUGUUUUACCCCUCCCCCGUCCCCGGGCACCUCUGCAAACCUCUGCAAACCUCUGCAAAAAAACCACUGACUUCAUACCACUGCAUCCAAGUCUUUGCAGGCAACUUUUCCUGAUCUUCAGGGCACACCCCUUCCUCCACGCCAUGUUCAACAGCAGGCAGCCGACCCCGCGGCUUCCCGGCGGCGUCGGUGUGUGCGCUCCUCUCGGGUGCCCCAGCUCCAGUUCUGGCGCCUCUUCGCAUCCACAGCCUGCCUCGUCUUUCUUCCGCCCACUUCCGCCUGCGUCUUCUCGACCGUACUCUCCCUUUGAAGCUCCUCCUCCGGCGUCGCAGGCGUUUUCUUUCCAAGGCCAGUCGCCGGCUUGGGGAGGUCCUCGCCGGUGCGGCCGCAGCCUGGCCGCGCCACCCUCGGGACCGCAUCACUUCGACACCCCAGCCAGUCGUCUGUUUCACCCUCCUCCGACCUCGGGGAACUUGGCAAGGCCUCCUUCUCGAGUGGAGAGGACUGCACCUUGCUUCAGUCGCGGCAGAGGCGAGUUUGAGCUGACGGGAGGUCCUCGACAGCCUUCCUCCCGCGACAGCUGGGAGCCGAACGGCGGCUGCAUGCGCAGCGACAGAGACAGAGAGGGUCUGCCAGGUCGGGGUAGCGGAGACGCGGAAGCGCGCCACUCCGCUCGUUUUCCAGGGCGUUUGCAUGCAGGCGACGGCGCGUGGACCUCUCUGCGGGAGAGACCGAGAGACUUCGACCGCAGCCGCGACGGAGGAGCCUUCCCUGCUCGCUUUCGGCCGAACAGUGUGCGGCGGCACCCUGGCCUCAGAGACGAAGCGGUCGACGACGCCAGCAGACCGCCGAGACAUGCAGACGCGCAUGCUGGCGCUCCAUUCGGACCUCUUUUCCAUGGAGCUCCCCACGGAGACGCUCGACAUCCCCGCGCGUUUCCGGACUCCCGACCCCAAGGCGUGAGGCCCUGCGCCGACGCCUUCCCAGGAGGAUGUUUGUCGAGUGAAAACACGGUGCGCGUUUCAGACCUGCCUCGACCGAGAAGCAUCCGGUCUUCCCCUGCGGGCGACUGCAUGCGUCCGACGAAUUCAGUGACCGGCGACGGCGCCUACGCACGACCAGAAGGCCGGCCCAGUUCCUUCCACUCCGCGAGCCCAGGCUUCAGAGAGCCGCAGGCAGAGCUCAGAGAUCGAGGCCGCUGCGGCUACGAAGGGAGCGGUCCGAUUCCGGGAGGACGUCCAACGGACAGUCGGUUCGCAGACGAGUUUCGCGGAAACCACUCGGACUUCUUUCCACCGACGCAGGGCCAUGUUUCGCUCUCUGAAAACGUGACGGCUGCAGAGAGCCACCGCGAGCGAGUGAAUCCCCCGCGCGUCUUCGACAGCGCUGAAGCUUCAGGACGGGAGGGGAGAGGCUACGCUUUGUCGGGACCUCCACAGCCAGAGAGGCGAAACACCGAAGGACUCCCUCGAGUCUCGCCGGCGCUCGACAGGCCGUUCGUCCACCCGGAAAGCGGCCCGCGCCGUUGCGCAGGAGGAGAAGAGACCAGCGGCCGUGUAGGCGUCGAGGGGAACCUGAGAAACGAGACGUUCUCGACUGUCGGGAAGCCGGACGCGAUGCGAGGCCGUUCGCCUGGCCGCGCAGACUCGCAGGAGUUGGCACUCACUUCUGGAGUCGCGAACUCCGCUCUCAGCAGUCUAGGAUUCUCUCUCGCAGCAGCUGCGAGACCCGGGGGGCCGCCGUUCAACGCGGGCACUGGAGUGUCUGUACACCCCGCGGGCUUUUCGCCGCAUGGACAGGAGUCCCCUCUUUCUCAUGGAACGCCUUGUUUUCCUCCUGGAGGACUCCCCGGAAAACACCCUUUCGCUUUGCUUGGCGGCGCAGCACUGCCGCUGCUGGGAGGUGGAGGUCUUCUGGGUGGGCAGGCACUGCAGCCUGGCGGUCCGUCGAGGUUCGCGCUGUCGCAGGGUGUGGGCGUUCAGCAGCAGUUUCUCGACUCGCUGAAACAACCUGUGGGUGGAACGGACUCCGCUGCUUUCUCCCCUUGUCUCGACUCGAAGGAAGCGAACGGAGGCGAGAAGAAAUCGGCAGAGGAGAAAGAGAAGCCAGAGACCGACCAAGCUCCUGAGAACCCCAAUGAAAGCCGGCUCCUCAGAGAGCUCAGCACAACUCCCCCGGCACUCCUAAACCCUGAAUCAAACAGCGCUGCGCAUAACUGGUGGUAUUUGGACAACAAAAACAAGUGUCAAGGGCCCUUCGACACGCUCCAAGUCUUGCGCUGGUUCGAGGGCGGCUUCUUCGACGCCCAGCGGCUGUUUCGCAGAGAUGACGAGGUGUGCUUCACGCCGGUGGAUGACGGCAAGCGAAUCACUGAAGUCGCGGCUCGAAUCGUCAAUGUCGCGCGAACCUCUAAGAGGGCUGCUCAGCAGCGACAGCACCCGAUUCGCGUGCUGUGCGCUCCUGUGCCUCCACCCAGUUCCUCCGGAGAGAUGAGUUUGGAAGCGAAGGUCCAGCAAGCUCAAGCGGCUCUUGCGCCUCUCUUCGACUUGGCCAAGAAGACUCGAGAACGCCCAGAUCCCCGUCACUUCGCGCCUCUCGGUAAACGCCGGAAGUUUUGGUGAGUUGGCUUUGCACUGGCGGUAGUUCGGCGGUGUCUCUCUCAUCUUCGAUCCUGAGGCAGACUGUCGCCUGCCUCCCAGAGCGUCUGCGGAGCCGCCGCAGACGAAGACGGGUGUUCCUCGAGUUCUUCAAUGAGCGGAGUGGAGAUGUUUUCCAGCGUGUCGAACGCUCGACGCCUGUGCGAGAAGACUGCCUCGAAGACGCUCGCAGAGGGAAGGAGAUUUUCUCGCUGGGACCUUCGGUCGGCGCCUCUUGUCUUUUUUUCGCUCUGCGUCCACUUCAGCUGCAGCCACCCUCUGGAGUGUGCUCUCCGAGUGGAACAGCUCUUGGAUGCUGCGAGGAGAGACCUUCCCGUCCGAUCGUCGAGACGGAACCGCAGAGAAUUCGCUCGCGUUCGGAUUCCACCGCCGUGCCAAUUCCUUUUUGCGGAUUCCCGUCCGAGCGUCGAGACGGGGUUCCCCGGUUUUUCUCGAGGUGACUUUGUCUGCGUCAAGGUGGGCGAAGGAUUCGAGGAACACGGCGCGCCUCUGCCGCAGGGAGAGACGCUGCGUGGAGGAAACUUGGAAUGGAGGCUGGCGAGAGAAGACGGGCAGACACAGCCGUUGUGCUUCGAGACUUGCAGGAAACAGGAAGUCUCCCGAGGCCGCAGCGAUGGCACCAACUCGGGUGUCUCACCACCUCUGCAUGCGCUUCUGAGGCGUCUCCCCUGUUUGACCUGGUCGUCUUGUCGGCUUUGACUCUCGCGACUCACCUUGGCAACUGCAGGCGCUCCAGGACGCGUCGAACGACUUCCGGAGGGAUCGCCGGCUGUUCUUGAGAAGGAGACGCUUUUCACGAUGACGUCGUCGCCCCUCGGUCGCUCGGGGAGGCGCUGCGGAGAGGUGAUUCCGGAAAUCGGAGAGAAACUGUGUUUGCAAACUCGCGACACCGACGAAUCUGCUUCGGCGUCCGCAUCUCGGAAUCGCACCUCCGGUUGGGGUGUCUUGUACACUCUCGGCCUCCGGUCGAUUUCUCACGAAGUUUCGUCGCUCGCGGGCGAGUGCCGAAUGCGUUUCUGUGCUGCUUUUGCUUGGAGAAAUCUUUCCAAGUGGACCAGUAGUGGAAAAGUGGAAAGUCCACGAGGCGGAGACUCCGCGCUAGAACUCUAACUCUUUGUCGACACCGAUACACCGCCAGACAGAAGAGCGCCGACAGCUCGACGAGUGACCCAGUGCCAAGAGGAGAGGCAGAGAAACUGAACAAGCGGCCGUGCAUUGUCGCCCAGCGCCUGAC